AUGAAUCCGGAGGAGCUGAUAGACGAGGACGCUUUUGCGGGCGGAAAAAUGAAUGUUAUUCGCAGUCCUCAAGAAGCAGAUAUGAUGAAAAGAAGGAGCCACUUAUUCCUCUUACGACCCAAGAAAGACCCCGAAACGUUGUCUCUCAGAAAAAUGACGGAAUCCUCAUCACCGGAAUUACCCCGAAAACUUCGCCAUGGAUUCAUUAAAUUGGAAUUUCCGGAAUCGACGAAUUCGAGAAAAGAGAUGGAAAUUGUUAUUGGCAAAUUGUUAGCUGGUCUUCCGGAGUCUCUUCAAAGAUAUGGAAUACAAAUCGAACGAGAACAUCCGAUGCAAGUGGUCCAAGAAGAAGAUUGUGAUGCGUGUUUUGAAGUGAAUUAUGAAGUGACUUGUGAGGAAUUCAAGCAUAAUAUUAUCAAUGCAAUGCAACGAUAUAUGGAUGGAUGGCGCCACUGCGUCGCCUACGCCAAACCGACGAUUCUCCUGCACAGUCUCGACUUUUGGAGAACGACAUUACACCUGCAAGUCAAUGACGUCCCACUAUCGGCCAUCUAUUUCGGAAAUAUUCAAGGGAACGCGUUCAUCAAUCAUUAUGAAGUGUCGUUUUGGAAGGAGAACGAGGGAAAAUCGAUUCGACGAAAAACGCCAAUGAACAAUAUUACGGUGGAUUUUGAAUUUGACAAAUGCGACAUGAUUUGUGUCAAUUUUCAAUGCGUUCAAAUUGAAGAGGAUCGAAAUGCGAAUGCGGGUGGUGAUAAGAGAAAUCAGUUCAAUAAGUAUGAUAAUAAGAAUCAGAAGAAGAUGAAGAAGAUGACGGUUAAUUAUCAGGUUACGUAUUUUCGAAAUUAUGAGUUUUCUGAAAUUUCGGAAUUUGGAAUUACUGUAUUUUCGAAAUUUCAGAAAUUUUUGGGCUUUCUGAACUUCUGUCAUUUCCAGGUCCGCUCCAUUUCGAUCCGUCGAAUCAUUGUCGACACCAAUGUCACCGACCGGUACGGUGACCGUACCCGUGUCCAUUUCGAACUCAACUGUCCACCACUCAUUCGUAAGGGAAUUAUCAAUGCAGACCAUGCUGAUAAUCCAUAUGUAAAACCAUUUUAUCAGCGAUGGAAGGUUAUCAAAAAGGAAUGGGAUGGGCAUGGAUGGCCAAACGAGGCAGCAAUCUCGGAUAGCCCCAUUUUUACGGUGGAUUUUGAUCCUAUAGUUCAGGUGCGCAAUUUUUGGAACUUUGAACUCCAUCGCAUCUUGUCACGUCUUCGUGUCCGUACUGGUGUCUCUAUUGAGUUUGGCAUGCUGCCAGCAAUUAGUGUACCCAUGUGCAAACGAUGGCCAUACCAUCGAUGGACCAUCAAGGAUGGCAAGCAGUUGGCAGCGGCGGAUACGGAUGCGCCGAUUUUUAGAGAUUUUUUGGCGGAUCUAUUCCCCAAAAAAUUCGAGGUCAACGACGACGACAAACUCAUCGAUGUGAACGAUGAGCGAAAAUUCUCGAUCACCUACCUCAUCGAAUGCCUUAUCUCGCGUGGAGCCGUCGUCAAGGAUCAGAUAUUGCUCGACGAGCAGCACUGGCGAAGUUUCCUGGGUAUCAUUUGGCGAUAUUACAAAGUCGAUGACAAGUUGUGCGAAUCGGCACUCGAGGAUUUGAUUCAUUUGGUGGAUGGAAGGAAGAGGAUCGGAUCGAUUAUUAAGUGCUUUGACAAAAUCUGCCAAAAACGACAACGAAUGCAACUGAUCAAUUGUCUAUCCGAAUCAGAGAUCCGAUCUGGCUUCCAACGAGUCCGAAAAGUGAUUUUCACCCCGACACGAGUCAUCUACAUCUCGCCAGAAACAAUUAUGGGGAAUCGUGUGCUCCGAAAGUUUGACAAGGACGGCACUCGAGUGAUUCGUAUCACGUUCCGUGAUGAUAACAACAAUCAAAUGCGCGCCAACGACACUGGAGAUCUUCUGGAAAUGACGGCAAACAAGUUUCUUGGAGAAGGAAUUCGAAUUGCGAAUCGUGAAUUUGGGUUUCUAGGAUGCUCGAACUCUCAAAUGAGAGACAACGGGGCGUAUUUUAUGGCCAAGUACUCGCAGAGUCAGUUGGAGAAGUUUUUGAGGACACGACCCAAUGAAGCACAGUUGAAGGCGUUUAAACCACGAAUCAUGGAAGUUAGGAAGCAUUUGGGAAAGUUUGACAAGUUGGAGAAUAUUCCAAAGUUGAUGGCGAGAAUGGGACAGUGUUUUACGCAGAGUCGGCUCACUGGCGUCGAGCUCAAUCGAUCGGACUACAUUCGAAUUCCCGACUUUGAAGGUGGAAAAAAUCUCGCCGGCAAACCAUACACAUUCUCCGACGGUGUUGGAAUCAUGAGCUAUCGAUUUGCGCAAAAAGUGGCCCAUGCGAUGCAGAUGGGAAAUUCGGUGCCCAGCUCGUUUCAGGUGAGCUCUUUUUUUUUUUUCUCGGACCUUACUCAUAUAUUUCUUCAGAUUCGAUUCCGUGGCAUGAAGGGAAUGAUUGCGAUCGAUCCGUACAUGGACCUCAUCCAUCAAUGGAACGUCAGUUACGAUAUCCCAUAUCAAGUUCCGAAUUUAGAACUGAAAUGUGCAUUCCGACCGAGUCAGAUCAAGUUCGAGGCCAAGUCGUUGCCGGGCGAUCAAAUCGAAAUGGUCAAGUACUCGGCGCCGGUGAUGGUGGCGCUUAACAAGCCGUUCAUCAACAUUUUGGAUCAAGUCUCAGAAAUGCAAUCGUUGGAAUGUCAUAAACGAGUUACGGGAAGGGUUGAGGAGUUGAUGGAUCGGCAGAUUUUGUCGUUUGCCAGACAGAUGAAUGAUGAAACGUACUGUAGGAAUCGGUUGAAGGAAUUCCCUCGCCGCAUCGACAUUGACUUCCUCCGCCCAAUGUGGGGAUUCACACUAUCCAGCGAGCCGUUCUUCCGAUCUCUCAUCAAGGCUUCCAUCAAAUUCUCCAUCACUAAACAACUACGCAAAGAGCAAAUCCAAAUUCCCAAAGAGCUUGGCCGCUCGAUGCUCGGCGUCGUCGACGAGACGGGACAACUUCAAUACGGCCAAAUCUUCGUUCAAUACACACAAAACGCGGCCAAGAAGCUGCCGAUGCGUGGACCCAACAUGACAGUACCCGAUGCGAAGAUUGUCACUGGAACAGUGUUGGUCACCAAGAAUCCGUGCAUCGUGACUGGAGACGUUCGAGUGUUUGAAGCUGUCGACAUUCCGGAACUGCAUCACAUGUGUGAUGUGGUGGUGUUCCCACAGCAUGGACCACGCCCACAUCCUGAUGAAAUGGCUGGAUCAGAUUUGGAUGGUGACGAGUAUUCGAUCAUUUGGGAUCAGCAACUGUUGUUGGAUCGAAACGAGGAUCCGUUCGAUUUCAGUGUCGAGAAGAAGGAUCCGGUGCCGUUUGAUUUUGAUCAAAUUGACGACCUUAUGCGCGACUUCUAUGUCAAAUACCUGAAACUCGAUUCCGUCGGAACCAUCUCCAACAACCAUCUUCACAACUCUGACCAGUAUGGAUUGACGUCGACGGUUUGUAUGAAUUUGGCAAAGAAGAAUUCGCAGGCAGUGGAUUUCACAAAGUCUGGAGACCCACCAGCGCCGCUGACAAGAGAGUGGGGUAAAGACCCCGAAACUGGCGAGAACAUCCCGCCGGAAGGCGCCGAACGAAUUCCCGACUACCACAUGGCAAACGAGCGAGUACCAGUGUACGUGAGCCCCCGGCUCUGCGGACGGCUCUUCCGCGAGUUUCAAGCCAUUGACAACGUCAUCAAGAUCUCUGAGGAGCGAGAUGAGCAAUUUGAAGUGCAAAUUGAUGAGACGCUUAUGAUUCAAGGAUAUGAGGCUUAUAUGGAAGGAGCUCGGAAGGAUUUGGCGAACUAUAACGGGCAGUUGAGGGCAAUUAUGGAAACGUAUGGAAUUCGAACCGAGGGAGAAAUCAUGUCGGACUGUAUUCUAGACAUGCGUAACCGAAUCUCAGAUAGGGACCAAGAUGACAAAAUGUCGUUUUACAACACCAACCAAAUGAUUGAGACUAGAACGACAGCACUGUUCUGCAGGUUUAGAGAGAACUUCUUUAAGGAAUUCCACGGCUUCCAAGCGGCAUGCACCGAGAUUCAGAAUAGCAACGACUCGACGAACCCGUUGAACUUUAGAUGUGACGGACCGUCGGUGCCGAUGCUUCAGAAAGCGGUGGCCUGGUAUCGAGCGUGCUACGAAUUCGCCCAAUCCAGCCGAGAAACUCGAAAACUCUCAUUCGCAUGGAUCGUAUUCGAUGUGCUCGCCAAAGUCAAAGAGCACAAUAUGCUUCAUGGAGAAAACGUUGAAAUGGGCGGUGGAAACCCGAUGUACAUCUUCCUUGAAGCUCAUCGAGCACAAUAUAUCGCUGACAAUUUUGAGGAGUUCCAAGAAUUCCGAACUAUGAGUUGCUUGAUCGAGGAUGACCGAUCUGUGAAGGGUGUGAACAUUUUAAGACGGUACAUGGCGAGAUACGAUGGACUGGAUACUGUACUUUUCGUAUUGAUGAAAUGGGGUGAAGCGAUGCAUUUGUUCCAUAACCAGCCGAUUCGAAAGUAUCAAUUCUUCUUGAUGUUCAUCCUAUUCGCCACACGGCAGAUUGGUUUGGCGGAUUUGUUAUCGGAAACUUUUAUAGCAAGAAUUGUGGAAGAUGAUGUUGAAAAUGCUUCUACAGUACCUUUGACAGAGGAUAAAAAAUCGCAUAUGGUUUGUAGAAAAGAAAAAAAAAGAAUGUCGAAAUUCCUGGAAUUCAUGGCUUGUCGAAAAUUCCGCAAACUUCGAAGCAUCUCAUUCCGAGCGCUCGGCAUCCCAGGAGUCUACAUGCGCGGUGAAUGGCACAUUUUCCACGUGGCAUCCAUCAAGACAUACUAUAACAUUUUGUUCAAUUUGCGAUUCGAAGAGUUGCCAAUCUCGACUGACCCAACGAUAACACUAGAAUCAAUGAUCCGUGAGAGUGAACCGUAUACUAUUGAGUUGCCGGAGAGAACAGAAGCGAACGAAUGUUUGAAGAUGUUGACGACGAAGAGUGGAUGUCAGGAGGUGCAUAUGAGAAUGCAGUCGAAUCGAGCCGAAGAUAAGAAGCGUGCGGAUGAAGAGAACGGUAAAGAGAAGUGUGAUAGAGGUAAGGAAUUGGUAGAAAAAAGAAUUAAAAAGAUUUCGAUCCACCGUGAGGUUCGAACCCUCCGCUACAUGGUUUCGGCUCGUGGAAAUGUCGAAUCCCUCCAACGCCUCAAACAACUAACCGCCGUCACCAUCCCAAUCAGAAGUCACAUCGGUGGAAAAGAAGUCGCCAGCCAGAUGGCCAACCUGUGUUUGGAUAAAAUUAUGGAGGAAUCGGAUCGCGGAUAA